AUGGCAGAUAAUAUCAAAGUUGACGAUAGAUGUGAAUUUGAAACUGAUAUGGUGUUCAAAUCACGGCAAUCGUUGAUCGAUUGGGUUCAACAAACUGGAUGCAAAUUGGGAUAUAUCAUCGUCAUUUAUAGAUCAAAUAUUGGUGGGCUCGGUAAAAAACAUAGAUUACAAUUCAAAUGUGAUCGCGGUGGCAAUUAUCAAAGCAAGAAACCCUCGCUGAAGCAGAAAUUCCAAGUCACGAGACAUAUUGACGGAGUUGAAAAAGCGAGAUCCAAACAACGUGAGCACCAUCAGAACUAUAUACAAUGCACGAAGAAGCACAAGACCGCUGAGAGAUCGGGUCAAUCACAAAUGCAAUCUGUGUUCUCAUUCCUCAAUGACCAUGAAUACUUUUUCGAUUAUCGAGCAAACCAUACAACCAAUGAGCUUGAAGAUUUAUUCUUUGCACAUCCUGGCUCGCUAGAUCGAUUGCGUGCAUUCCCGAACGUGUUGUUGAUGGAUGCGACAUAUCAGACCAACAGGUACGGGUUGCCUCUCGUAGAAAUUGUUGGUGUUACUUCAACUAGUCGACUUUUUGCAUAG